UCAAAUCAUAAAAACCAAGCCAUGGCUGGUGGAUUGGCAACUAAGUUCCCAGUGGUAAGUAAGGCAUAUUGUUCACUCUCGCAGACGACAUUAAUGAUAAGGAAGAGGCCUCGCAACAUCAACGGGGGUGGUUUUGUGGCCAUGGAUACCAGUCAAGUCAUAGCUUUUUCAGUGGAUGGCUGCUGCGUGCUCGGUGUUAAGGGAGAGUGCAUGGUGAAGGAUGGUAAUGGAAAUUCCAUACUUUUCAUUAGUAAAAAGCUAGGAGGUGUUCUACAAGCAGUUAGCUUCAACGAUCAAUGGAGAGGCUUCCUAAUGGAUUUUGAUAUGACAAGCAAGUUGGUCUUUACCCUACACGAGGCCAAAUCUUGGCUUGUAAUGAAUGGGAGUGUGAAAAUAUUUUUGGAAGCCAAAGAGAACGGGAGAAGCUCGUGGGACUUUGAGGUGCUUGGAUCUUUUACUGACAGGGCUUGCACAAUCAUGGACAGAAGAGGCAACGUUGUGGCAGAGGUGAAAGGAGAGGAGAAGAUUGCAAGCAAGGAGUUCUACAGUGUGGUGGUGCAGCCGGGCCAUGACCAAGCAUUUGUCAUCGCUGUGAUUGCCAUUCUUGACUACAUUAAUGGGGAGUCCACUAGGUGUUGAUGUCUAGGAAUUUACUCUUGAGAAAGAAAUACCAUCGAUCAGAUGUUAGUGUUAUAUAUAUGUGCGUAUCUAGUACUUGUUGUGUAUAUGUACGAUCAUUUGGUGGUGCAACUUAAUCAAUUUGACGGUUGAUUAUAAGUUGUUUUAUUGUAGAUCUUUGAGUGAGUUUUAAGUUGAUAUAUUGUAUGAUGCAUAAAUCAACCUAGGUAAAAAGUUAUGACUUUUCU